CCGCUUGCGUGUCACACUGCUCAAGCUGUCACCCUUUGUUGCUUCAUACCAGCUGAUGCUCGCCACACGCCCCACCUCCUAAACCCCCCUCUCAGCCUUGCGCCUCCCUCAAACUCUCAAAGGGCUCAAUCUCGUGCUCUUACUCAAACAACCGUUACAGAACACCCAAUUUCAGAGAAAAAGAGUAACCUUUACAGAGACCUUUCUGAGAAAAGAAUUUCAGAGAAGUUGGAUCUGAUUAGUAAAGCUUGUGAGGAUGACGUCGCCAAACAUGGAUUCAGAAGGUCAGGCUACUCCAGUGGGUGGAAAGGGCAGCACUCCUUCAGAGACACCACAAAAUGGGUCUAAUGCUACCAAGAAGAGUCAAGAGAAAGUUCCGAAAAGAGUUCAUAAGGCGGAGAGAGAGAAACUGAAGCGUGAGCAUUUGAAUGAUCUCUUUCUUUCUUUGGCUAAUGCUCUAGAGCUUUCUGAACAAGCAAAUGGAAAGGCGACAAUAUUGAAUGAAACAGUUCGACGUGUGAAGGACUUGUUAGCUGAAAUCGUGCAUCUCAAAAAAGAGAAUGCAGCUUUGUUGUCUGAAUCUGAAUAUAUGAGCAUGGAGACAAAGGAACUGGAGGACGAGAAUUCUGUUCUCGAGGCAGAAAUUAGCGAGCUCCAGAGCAAGCUCGUGAGCCAGAUCAAGGAGAUCAAGGAGAGGACAACUGGAUCAAAUCUCGAUCUGAAUCUUGCUCCUCCUGGAUGCGAGCAAGAGGUCAUCGCCCCUGAUUAUUUCUCUUUGCCUGCCAAUCAACCUGCAUCUCAGACUGCAGAAACCAUGAUGAACCCAGUGUACGUUUACCCCUUUCGUCCUGAACCUCGGGCAUAUCCAGCCCCCGCUUUGCCUGCUUCUACUGUGAGUAAACCCUUGGCCCGAUACCCAACUCCAACCGAUGCAUGGUCGUCUCAGAUUCUUGGAAAACGCCCUCGGCUAGAGAAGGAAACUCAGGGUGGUGGUAGCAACUAGCAACAGCAGCAGUGGCUUUGUAGGAGUUAUAGGCCUUGACAUCAGUAUACCAGAAAAUGUAAAAUCUUGAAAUAGCAUUGCUCUUUGUUAAAAAAAAAAAAUUAUAUUUUUUU